GGGGGGAGAGGAAGAGGAGUGCGCCGGGCCCCCUGCGAGACUUCGGCCGUAGGGUCUGUAUUUUAAGUGACGUCUAGGAGGCAACCGCUGCAGCUGGCUGGGUAACGGACUUUAGCGCGUCUCCUUGCGAUUUCUAAACCGGGACCUGCCAGGGCCCAGCAGUCCCCGCGCCGCCGCCGCGCCGCCCACUGCCCUCUGCUGGGCGCGGGGACGCAGUACCCCGCGCUGCGGCGGCACUUGGCCUGGUUGAGAAAGCCCAGAGUCAGCUUGGCGUUUGGAGAUUUGCCUGACACAAUAUACUGCGUUUCUGGUAAAAGGGAGCAUUUAUGGGAUGGCAAAGUUUUCUGUUGGUUUGCUGAUGUGCGGUCCUGGGAAGACCAGUGUGUAAACCUCAGUGGAGCACAGGCAGCGAUCGUCAUUCCAGUACGAGAAGCUAACUUGCGAAAAGGAAUGGAGUCUAACAAGGAAAUGGCAAGAAGUCUUUUGAAGACAUCAUCUAUGUCUCUAGGGACAAAAUUGCUACAUCAGACGGGAAUGGCACUUUAUAAUACAUCUCAUGGCUUCCAUGAAGAAAAAGUAAAGAAAGUUCUUCAGCAGUUUCCUGGGGGAACCAUUGACCUUCAGAAGGAAGAAAAUGGCAUUGGCAUUCUGACUCUGAACAAUCCAAAUAAAAGGAAUGCCUUCUCAGGUGUUAUGAUGCUACAGCUUUUGGAAAAAGUGAUUGAAUUGGAAAACUGGACAGAAGGGAAAGGCCUCAUUGUUCGUGGGGCAAAAAAUACUUUCUGCUCAGGGUCUGAUCUGAAUGCUGUGAAAGCACUAGGAACUCCAGAGGAUGGAGUGGCCUUAUGUAUGUUCAUGCAAAACACCUUAACAAGACUUAUGAGACUUCCUUUAAUAAGUGUUGCACUAGUUCAAGGUUGGGCGUUGGGUGGAGGAGCAGAAUUUAUUACAGCAUGUGAUUUCAGAUUAAUGACUCCAGGGAGUGAGAUCAGAUUUGUUCACAAGGAGAUGGGUAUAAUACCAAGCUGGGGUGGCGCUACCCGGCUGGCUGAAAUUAUCGGCCGUAGACAAGCUCUCAAAGUGUUAAGUGGGGCCCUCAAAAUGGAUUCAAAACAAGCUUUAAACCUAGGGAUGGUUGACGAGGUCUUGCAGUCUUCAGAUGAAACUGAAAGUCUGGGAGAGGCACUCGAGUGGCUAAAGCAGUUUACUGAAGGGCCAACAGAAGUAAUUAGAGCUUUGAAAAAAGCUGUUUCUUCAGGCAAAGAGCUUUCUUUCCAGGAAGCAUUACAGACCGAAAGAGAUCUUUUAGGGACACUUUGGGGUGGACCAGCAAAUCAGGAGGCUAUUGCUAGGAGAGGAAAAUUCUGUAAGUAGGUAUUUUAAA